AGGGCGAGGACGCCGCCAGCACGCGUGCGCAGUCCCUCGGUGCAGCUAGUCCGUGAGCGUGAGUGGGAGGUGGCAGGCCUCAGGCUGUGGCCUUCUCCACUGACUGAUCCAGCGCGACGUCUCCAGCCAUGAACCGGUUUGGUACCCGGUUAGUGGGAGCCACGGCGACCCCGUCACCGCCGCCGAAAGUCCGCAGUAAUGAAAACCUCGACAAAAUUGAUAUGUCUCUGGAUGAUAUCAUCAAAUUGAAUCGAAAGGAAGGAAAGAAGCAGAAUUUUCCGAGACUAAAUAGAAGACUCCAGCAAAGUGGCGCCCGGCAAUUCAGGAUGAGAGUACGAUGGGGAAUCCAACAGAAUUCUGGUUUUGGUAAGAAUAGUCUGAGUCGUAGAGGAAGAGUGAUGCCUGGAAAGAAACGUCCUUACGGAGUUAUCACUGGACUUGCAGCUAGGAAAGCAACUGGAAUUCGAAAAGGAAUUAGCCCUAUGAAUCGACCACCUCUAAGUGAUAAGAAUAUAGAACGAUAUUUUCCAGCAUUAAAAAGGAAGGCAAACCUUCUGAGACAAAAUGAAGUGCAGAGAAAAACAGUUGCAGUUCUCAAGAGACCUAACCAGCUAAAUAGAAAAAAUAACAUUCCAGCCAAUUAUACCAGGAGUGGAAAUAAAUUAAGUCACCAGAAAGACACUCGUCAGGCAACUUUUCUUUUCAGAAGAGGCCUGAAGGUUCAGGCCCAGUUGAACACAGAACAACUGCUAGACGAUGUAGUAGCAAAGAGAACUCGUCAAUGGCGAACUUCCACCACAAAUGGAGGAAUUUUGACUGUGUCCAUUGAUAACCCUGGAGCAGUGCAGUGCCCAGUAACUCAGAAACCACGAUUAACUCGUACUGCUGUACCCUCAUUCUUAACAAAACGGGAGCAGUCUGAUGUAAAGAAAGUUCCUAAAGGUGUUCCCCUGCAAUUUGACAUAAAUAGUGUUGGAAAACAGACUGGGAUGACUUUGAAUGAACGAUUUGGGAUCCUGAAGGAACAAAGAGCCACUCUCACGUUCAACAAAGGAGGAAGCCGCUUUGUAACCGUGGGAUAGAUCCCAUGUCAAAGGGACUUUUGGAGUGAUGACUCUGUUUAAAAAGUUGAAUUGCUUGAAGAGUUUAUCACAGAAAUUCAAGGAACUUUAUUUCAAAA